AUGCUUGGCUCAGGAAAUCACGUCUGCGGAAAUGUGUCGUUCGUAUUCUCUGGUGAACCUGCUAUGACAGCCCUCUGUCACUGUAUGGACUGCCAGAAAUGGAGCGGCAGCGCAUUUUCGUCCAAUGUAGCCGUUCCGACUGCGCAAUUCUCAGUCACGAAGGGCCUACCCAGAAACCCAGAAACCGGGCCCGAAUUGGAGUUUCUGGCAAAGAACAUCGUCUUUUCUUUUGUGGUGCCCGAAGGCAUGCCCGGGAUCACGCAGAUCAAGACCGGUAGUCUUCAGGAGACAAACAUACCGAUUGCAGCGGAGAUCUUUGUGACUAGACGUCGAGAGUAUGUGUCUCCGGUUGCGGGUGCUAUUCAAGCGAGCGAAAUGCUUUGA